AUGGGUGCUCAGGCUUUCUUGAAUGAUGGUCUACGCUGGAGAGUAGGUAACGGAGCCUCAAUCCGCGUUUGGGGAGAUAGAUGGCUGCCCACCGACCCUGUCUCUUUUGUGGAGUCAACUCCUAUGGGGCUCCCGGUUGACGCCACGGUUCGUGAGCUAAUAUCGACGGAAUCAGACAGGUGGGACGAGGCAGUUCUUGAGGGCUGCUUCCCGAUAGAGAUAGUUGAUGUUAUUUGGCAAAUUCCUCUAGGUGAUAUCGAGGAAAAAGAUAGGCUGAUCUGGAGGGGAAGCAACUCGGGCGAUUAUACUAUUCGAGACGGGUACCGUUACUGGUUAGAGGAAUUCAAAGCCAGGGAAUCGAUUGUGCAGGUCGGGGAGACGGAAGUUUGGAAAGGCCCGGGACUGUGGAGAGGGACGGAGUGCAGCUAUUCCUGGUUUAAGAAGGUGCUGGAGACGAAACCGAUUGUUGAGGUGGAAGAUUGGUGCGUCCUCCUCUGGUUUAUAUGGCGGGAAAGGAAUGCCCAAAUGUUUAAUGGCCAAAAAAUGGAGGAGAGUGCGAUUGUGCCCCGCGCAAAGGCUUUCAUCGAGGAGUACCGAACGCAGCAGAGGGUAGAAGAGAAGCUACCUGAACCCGCUGUGGUGAAGUGUUGGAAGAAACCAAGGUGGGAGACGGAGAUGGCUGAAGCCCUAGCCGCGGAGUUCGAGUUACAUGUUGCUGCUCGCGCUCAUCUGACGAAUGUGAUCUUGGAAACAGAUUGCCAGACGCUAACUUCCAAGUUAGCGGCAGCGGGGAGUAUCCGUAAUGAAGUUGGCAUUAUAUGCAAGAACAUCCUGAAGCUCCUUGACGAAAUGGGACAGGGGAGUUGGCAAUAUUCGCCUAGAGAAGGAAAUAAGGUUGCUCACAUUAUGUCCCACUCGGAGACGAGGUGGAAUGAGAGUAUGAUCUGGUUUGAUAGACCACCGAUGUUUCUAGUUGAUCAGAUAGUGUUGGACAAUGUAACCGCAACAUCUGAUUAA